CAUAAUAAACGUGAAGAACCAAAAUACUCUUCCGACUUUAAAGCUCGAAAUCUACGUUCCAAUUCUGUGUCCUAUCGACCCUUCACCUUCCCUAGAUCCAUCAUUACAUCCAUCUCCUCCAUUGCUAUCACCUCCAAUCCCACCCUGUGAUCAAAUCUCUCUCUCUCUCUCUCUCUCAACAACAUCCAUGAACUCAACCCUUUGCUUCCUCCAACAUACAAGGAAACCAAAAAAAUUAAGCUUGUGAACGAAAAAAAGCCGGAAAGAAAAAUGUCAGACAAGGUUUUCACGGUCGGAUUAAUAACAGCCUGGUACUCAUCGAACAUCGGAGUCUUGUUGUUGAACAAGUUUUUGCUGAGCAAUUACGGGUUCAAGUACCCGAUCUUCUUGACCCUUUGCCACAUGCUGGCUUGCUCUCUCCUGAGCUACGUAGCCAUUUCAUGGAUCAAGGUGGUGCCCAUGCAGAGCAUCAAGUCACGUGUCCAGUUCCUCAAGAUAUCAUCCCUCGGUUUCAUCUUCUGUUUGUCCGUCGUUGGCGGGAACAUCUCGCUCCGGUAUCUCGCCGUCUCGUUUAACCAGGCUGUUGGCGCCACGACGCCGUUUUUCACCGCGGUAUUCGCGUAUCUUAUGACCCUCAAGAAAGAGGGCUGGCUCACCUAUGUUACUCUCAUACCGGUUGUCACCGGUGUUGUUAUUGCCAGUGGGGGAGAACCAAGUUUUCAUGUCUUUGGAUUCAUAAUGUGUGUUGGUGCUACAGCAGCAAGGGCACUCAAGUCGGUGCUCCAAGGGAUAUUGCUGUCUUCUGAAGGGGAAAAGCUUAAUUCUAUGAACCUCCUCAUGUACAUGGGUCCUGUAGCUGUUGCAUUCCUUCUACCUGCAGCACUUUAUAUGGAAGAGGAUGUGGUUGGGAUCACAAUUGCACUUGCAAGAGAUGAUGUGUCCAUCGUAUGGUAUCUAGUAUUCAAUUCUGCUCUCGCAUAUUUUGUCAAUUUGACCAAUUUCUUGGUAACAAAACACACCAGUGCCUUGACCCUCCAGGUGUUGGGAAAUGCAAAAGGAGCUGUUGCUGUGGUGGUGUCAAUUUUGAUAUUUAGAAAUCCUGUAUCAGUGACUGGGAUGCUUGGUUAUUCUCUCACAGUAACAGGAGUCAUUCUCUACAGCGAAGCCAAGAAACGAAGUAGAUGAGAAUAACCCAGAGUUUUUAAUGGGUUCAUGCAGCAGAUUUUUUGAGUUGCACCCUCUCAAAAUAUUUUUAUGCAAAAGAAAGGAAGAGGGCUUGUCUGUCUAAUCAGAAAGGACAUGUUUUUAUUGCUUUGCCAGCUUGAUCCCUGAUGUGCUAGCUCAAUUUUAUUGCUGUUCGUUCUAGGGUUGUUUACAGAGGAUUUUGAAUCAUUUACUUUUAAGCCAUAGCAGGAUUUGGUGUUGUAAUUCUGUAUAUCAUUCUUCAAUUUUGAAAAUCAAUGAAAGAUGAUAUGAUGAUUUAGUUAUA